AUGGCAUUGCCUAGCCAACAAACACUGGCAGUGUUCGAACUAACUGAGGCCAUUAUCUUCCACCUCGACAAUCCAGUCGACAUAGUCCGCAUGCAAAGGGUAUGCCGCCGCUGGCGAGAUAUUAUCACAAUAUCACCCCUCCUGCAAGAAGCAUGCUGGUACCGCCCGUUCAGCAACCUCACGGCGCCCGGACAACCCGAUAACAUCACCAGCACCAACACCAGCACGAGUAUCGCGAAGGGUGCCGAAAAGCAUAUAUGGAAAUUGAACCCGGCGUUCGAGCGGGUCGGAAUGGACCUAUACACCCGUAACAACCCUCCACAGAAGCACGGGCAUUUUAGUCUACAAACGCGUGUAUACGAUAAACCAGGAUCCUGGACAACGAUGCUCGGGACGCAGCCACCGCGAACACAAGUUGAGUUUGACAUUGACUGCUAUCAAGAUGACGCGCGAGAGCAAUCUAUCAAUUACUGGAUCCAAUCUACCGGGCAACCGCUGCUGGUAGGGGACAUCAUGGCCGUGCUAGCUGAAUGCCAGAACAGGCAAGAAUGCGGUGUCGACCGAUGGUAUGCGGACAUCGAACACCGCGAUGGCGAUAUGCUUGUUGGUACCGAAAAGGAGUGGCUUGAGCAACGCCCGGAUAGGGAGCUCGAGGAGAUACCGGACGAUGUAUCAAUUAAGGUGGCGUUCGCGAAGAACACUCCAUGGGGCGGCUGGUGUCCUGCAUUUUCCCUUCGGCGACUUGAGAGUAGUAUCGCGGCUGGGAUGAACUUUUUGCAUGAAAUGCAGUUGUAUACAGUGGCGGCCGUUCGAGGGAAGGAGUACGAGCGGCAUGAUGGAAAUGGGUUUACGCCUGUGUGUUCAUCGGGCGGGGAGUAUCAGGCGAAUCUGGUGGUUGUGAGGGAUUACGAUCAUCCAUACCUGGAGGACUGUAGGCAUAUUUACCGCCUAUUGAGUGACGUUUAG